CUCCCACCUCCCCGCCCGCCCCACUUCUCAUUCACUUGGCUCUCAUCGCGCAGACAGCGCAGCGAGCACACACCGCCAGUCUGUGCGCAGAGCGGGAGCCAAAAGCCUCGGGGACACCCGGCCAUGCACGCCCCCAACUAAGCGACGCCUCAAAGCCCCGGCUCCUGGCAGCCCAGCGCAGUGCAAGGGAGCUCAGGAUAGCUCAGAGGAACAUACCCCUUGAGACCCUCGGAUCCUCCCUUCCAGGGCAGUCCUCCCUCAGACGCUCUGCUGAGAGUAGACAGGAGCGCGCAGUGGCCCCGGCUCGCCGCAUCAUGGAGCGAAUCCCCAGCGCGCAACCACCUCCUACCUGCCUUCCCAAAGCGCCAGGACUGGAGCACGGAGACCUGUCAGGGAUGGAUUUUGCCCACAUGUACCAAGUGUACAAGUCCAGGCGGGGGAUAAAACGGAGCGAAGACAGCAAGGAAACUUACAAAUUGCCGCAUCGGCUGAUUGAGAAAAAGAGACGUGACCGGAUUAACGAGUGCAUUGCCCAGUUGAAGGAUCUCCUACCCGAACACCUCAAACUUACAACUUUGGGUCACUUGGAGAAAGCAGUGGUUCUGGAGCUCACCUUGAAGCACGUGAAAGCAUUGACAAAUCUAAUUGAUCAGCAGCAGCAAAAAAUCAUUGCCCUGCAGAGCGGACUACAAGCUGGUGAGCUGUCAGGAAGAAAUAUUGAAGCAGGACAAGAAAUGUUCUGCUCAGGGUUCCAGACGUGUGCCCGGGAAGUGCUUCAGUACCUGGCCAAGCAUGAGAACGCUCGGGACCUGAAGUCUUCUCAGCUCGUCACUCAUCUCCACCGUGUAGUCUCGGAGCUGCUGCAGGGUGGUUCUUCCAGGAAACCAUCGGACUCGGCUCCCAAAGCCACGGACUUCAAAGAGAAACCCAGCUUCCUAGCCAAGGGAUCGGAAGGGCCUGGGAAAAACUGUGUGCCAGUGAUCCAGCGGACUUUUGCCCCCUCGGGCGGGGAGCAGAGCGGCAGUGACACGGACACAGACAGUGGCUACGGAGGCGAAUUGGAGAAGAGUGAUUUGCGCAGUGAGCAGUCGUACUUCAAAAGUGAUCACGGUCGCAGGUUCACCGUGGGAGAACGCGUCAGCACAAUUAAGCAAGAAUCCGAAGAGCCCCCCACCAAGAAGAGCCGAAUGCAGCUCUCCGAUGAGGAAGGCCACUUCACUGGCAGUGACCUGAUGGGUUCCCCGUUUCUGGGCCCCCACCCUCAUCAGCCUCCCUUUUGCCUGCCCUUCUAUCUCAUCCCGCCGUCAGCAACUGCCUACCUGCCUAUGCUGGAGAAAUGCUGGUACCCCACCUCAGUGCCCGUGUUAUACCCAGGCCUCAACACCUCUGCAGCAGCCCUCUCCAGCUUCAUGAACCCAGACAAGAUCCCGACCCCCCUGCUCCUGCCGCAGAGACUCCCUUCUCCCUUGGCACAUUCGUCCCUUGACUCUUCCGCCCUGCUCCAGGCUCUGAAGCAGAUCCCCCCUUUACACUUAGAAACCAAAGACUAAACUCUUGAAAGAGAUCUCCUGCUGCUUCGCUUUUCUUCCUCCCUGAUUCCAAAACCACAGAGGUCGGCCCUUCAUGCAGACCCACCUAGAAGACGCAGAGGGUGUGUGUGUGUGUGUGUGUGUGUGUGUGUGUGUGUGUGUGUGUGUGUGUGUACUCGCGCACAGGUGCACACGAGUGCUUGUGUAGGUGUGUGUAUAGGACAUUAAGUUCUUUCUGACACAGGGAAGACAUGAAAAGGAUGACCUAACACCAGAUGACAGGACUGUAGCAGUUCUCUGGGCCUUUCCCUACCCAGAGAAGAGCUCCCUUUGAUACAAAUCAGUUGGAUUUUCAGAAGCUCAGAAGCUUGAUCUGUGAGUCACUCUUCAGUUGGGGAGCUGGGUCUGUCUGUGGCUUUGAGAAAAGGUACUUUCAAAAGAGGGUUUCCAGAGCACAGCUUCCAGCCAGCUGUUCGGACCCCACCCCUCUCCCUUUAUUGUCGAGGUGACUCAGAGCAGACUGACAGAGUGGUCAGGCGGAGCUUUCUGCUAAGGUGGUGAGGUAGCCAACACUGGCAUGUCACCGUAGUGGUUUGGGCAAAUUUCCGCAGGUCUCCUCCCCCACCCCGGCCUCUGAUGAAUAAAGACAAUGAAUGCAGUUCCCUAACUCAGGCUUUUGUGGCGAUUAGCUUAGCUGAGGAACUGAAAAUGGCCCCCUUUGUACAAGCUGAGCUGCUAGGGAACCAAGGUGGACCUGAGACAGGAGACCCGAGGCACCUGUUCUCUAGGUCUCCCUUCUAUGGCGAGCUGACCAAAGGAGGGCCGCAGAGAUGGCAGAUGCCCUAAGCAUCCCAAAGUGUACAAAGCUAAAUAAUCCGUUGCUACACUUACUACUCGGCUAGACUCGGAUUUCAAGUCCAUCCUACAGCUUUGAAGCAAGCUGAGCUUCUCAAAGGUCUAGCAGAGCUUUGGUACCCCAAGAUCCUUUCUGUAGGCUAAUUCCUCUUGCCCGGCAGCGUAUGGAGUGCCCUUAACUGCUAAAAAGGAUUCUGUCUCCUUUAGGGAAGUUUUCCUUUAUCCAGAGUCCUUGUUUUCUCGACUUGCUCAGCCAGCCCUGCACCAGCUUUUCCAAAUGCACUAUGCUUGCGUUUAAACUUUUCCCAUUUUUAUUUGGGCAUAAAAAUCGUUGCCUUUAUUUGUAAAGCUGUUAUAAAUAUAUAUUAUAUAAAUAUAUAACAAAGGAAAUGUUUCAGAUGUCUAUUUGUAUAAUUAUACUUGAUCUACACAGUGAGAAAAAUGAAUGUAUUCCUGUUUUUGAAGAGAAGAAUAAUUCUUUUUCUCUAGAGAGAGGAGAGGUUACAGUGUUUAUAUUUUGGAACCUUCCUGAAGGUGUGAAAUUGUAAAUAUUUUUAUCUAAGUAAAUGUUAAGUAGUUGUUUUAAAAAUACUUAAUAAAACAAUCUUUUUCCUGUGGAA